AUGGAAAGCGGGGGAGUGAAGGACAAAAUCAGAUUUUUCCUCUCACCGUCCGGAUCGCUACCGCACCUCUUCCCCGCGACCAGCCAGCUCGAGACCGAACGUAAGUCGCGCUUCGUGCGCAACCUCCGCUUCUUCAAGGACGCCUCCAAGCAGCACAUCAACGACUUCAACCGAUCGCCGGUCGGCUUCAAGUUUCGCAGCUCGUCGGAUCCCAACAUCCACCAGCAGCUUUCCGAGGAGCAGGAGGAGCAGCUCAUCAGAGGCACAGGCUCGACGACCGACGCGCCAGGCGACGACACGACGGGCGAGGAGAAGGAGGAGCAACUGCAACAACAACAGCAACAACCGGGCAGCAGCAUCGCCGAGGAACGACGGAGGCAGCGCAAGGAAGACCGAGAGACCAGGAAAUCGCGCAACCGCACACUACUGCCCGACUUCCAGUGCACCACCGCCACCACCGCCAGCAGCAGCAGCAGCACGAUGAGUGACCACCACUCUGCCGGGUCGACGAGCAACGGCGUCGGCGAUAAGACGACCGACGACAAGGAGCCGGACAACGACAAGGCGAGAGCAGAGGGAGGAGGAGUCAGCGACAACAAACAACCCGCCGCGAAACAUCACACGGAACGAAAUGACGGCGAAGAAGGUGCGAAGAGCAGCACCUCGCACCACGGGACGUCCGAGAAGAGCGGCCGCGUCGCACCCGACGUCGUGGUCCGAAUCGACGCAGAGCCGAGCGAGAACAGGGAUCGGGCGCUCGCGAAGAACAUGGCCGCGCAGGCUGCCGACGAGGCGCUGCUGGCAGUCGCGGUCGCGACGGGAUCCGACCCGACCACCAAGACGCGGCGCAAGAGCGUCGGCGAACGCGCGGACGGACCCGGUGGGUCAUCGUCGGGUGGCCAGGACCUGACCGGAACCGCCGUCCUGUAUCGGGUCCUGAGCGACGGCGCCGCGCAGCUGUCCAACUCGAGCAGCAGUGGCGGCGCCACGGGAGGAAAGAGCGAGGCGGCCGCACCAUCGAAGGAAGCAGUGCCGAGCGGCGACAAGAAGGCCUCGACGGACUCGACCGAUCGAAAGAAGGGCGGGCUGAUCGCCAGGUACAAGAAUCUGGUAUCGACGAUGGAGAAGGAGCGCGAGAAGAACCCCGACGCGCUCAAGUCGCUCACCGAGGGCGCCGUGGCGCGUAAGAAAAAGAAGGAAAAGGAAAGGGAGGAGCGGGAAAAGGGCGAGGAGGGCAAGGAGGAGUGGGAGAAGGGCGAGAGCGAGUCCUCGAAGCGCAAGAAGCGAUCGGGCUCGGCGAGGAAGGAGAGGGCCAAGAGGGACGAGACGCAGCAGCCGCCCAAGAAAGACGGUGAGCAGCAGCAGCAGAAGAAGAAGCAGUCCAACACCAAGAAGCUCAAGAAAAGCAAGAAGAGCACUAAGGAGAGCAGCGACUCGGGCGCCACGGCGGGCAAGAAGGAGAAGCGCAGCAGCAAGAAGGUGGUCUCCAGACCCGGAUCGAUGGUGGGCGGCGCCAGCCUGCUGACCAGCACCAUCAAGCGCCAGGCCGACUCAGCGACGGCCGAGGAGCCGACCAGUGGCCGACGGCGACCGCAGGAGGUGGACGAGCGGGUGCGCGAGCACCUGCGCAAGCUCUCCAUGGCCCCGCCGCCCAAGAUCGGCGAGCCUGGCGUGAGCGCCAUCCGGCGGCGAAUGAUGAGCGGCGACCCCUUCACGGUGGUGAUCUGCGAGGAGGUCUCGUGGUCGGCCGCGGGCCGCGGCGGCCAGGCCAAGCCCAGUCGCUCGCUGGGCUCCAAGUCCAGCCGCAUCGACACCGGCGAUAGCCUCAUACGGCGGCCCAGCAGCGAUCUGGCGCCCGCGAGCGGCGACUCGACCACCAAGUCCACUCUCGCCGGCCCGUUUGGUGGCGCGGCGGCGACUACCAAACGCAGCGUCAACACCGGGGCCGGACAGCGACAUAGCGCCCACGCGUCGACGACCGGCAACGAAAGCGGCAGCGGGAAGGAGGAGCGGAAGGCCUCGGCGCCGAUCACGCUCAAGGCCAAGUCGGCGACGACCGAGUCCUCGCCGCCGCCUACGAAGGCCACCACCGACAUCCUCCUGUUCGGCGCCGACGGCGAGCUCGUGAUCGAGGAGAGCGACGAGGGCGAGGACUGGGACAAGGAUCUGGCGAAGGACACUAAGAAGAAGCACAGCAGCAACGAUGCGUCGGGCGGCAAUCACAUCAAGCUGGUGGGACCCGGCGAAGGGCUGGUGGUGGAGGGGAGCGACGACGACGAGGACUGGGACAAGGAGCUCCAGCUCGCGAGCGACAAGAAGGGCGGCCUCAAGGAGGCCGAGGAGGAGGACGAGGAAGACUGGGACAGGGAGUUCGGCGGCAACAGUCCGGAGACGACCGUCAGCAAGAUGAUGUCCGAGAGCGUCAAGGAGGCCAAGGCGAAGGCGGUUGUGGAGGAGAGUGAUGAGGACGAGGACUGGGACAAGGAGCUGGCGGCCGAAGAGGAGACGAAGAAGCAGGGCGACGAGCGACCAGAGAAAGCGAAAGCGGCGGUGACGUCGAACGCGAAGACGAAAGCGAAGACGAAAGCGAAGGAGAGCGACGCCGAAAGCGAAGACGAAGACUGGGACAAGGAGCUGGCGGCCGAAGAUGAAGGCAAGGAAAAAGGCAACAAGCCGCAGGAGGCCAGCAAGUUGUUGCUGGCCUCGACCGAGAAUGAGGAGGACGAGGACGAAGACUGGGACAAGGAAUUCGCGGCUGCGGCCGAGACGCCCAAGGUGGUCACGACUGCGGGGAGCACCAAGGGAGGCGCCGCGAAGGAGAACAAGAAGGCCGCGGAAGAGAGCGAGGACGAGGACUGGGGCAAGGAGUUCGACCAGGAGGAGGAGCAGCAGCAGCAGGGCGCGAAGAAGGACGGCGACGCGGGGCUGAAGCUCAACCUGGGGUCGCUCGACCGGUGGGAGGAGGACAAGGAGGACGACUGGGGCGACGGGUUCGAGACGGAGGAGGAGCCGACCACCCUGACCCUGAAGGUCGGCGGCGGCGUCGGCGAGGAGAGCAACGACAGCAAGAGCGAGCGGACCGACGGCGACGAAGACGAGGACUGGGCGAAGGCCUUCGGCGAGGCGAGCGGCGGCGCUGGUACCACUAAAGCGCGGGCGUCCAGUGACGGCGCGUCCAAGAAGCGCUCGGCCGGCCCCAAGGCGACGCGGAAAGGCAAGGAGAAAGAGAAGGAAAAGGGCAAGGAAAAGGAGAAGGAGAAGGGGAGCAAGCGAGAGAAGCGAAAGCGAACCAAGUCGUCGGCGGCCGCGCGGAGGAUCGAGAUCCAGAACCGCGCGCCGUCGCCGCCACACUCGACCUCGACCCCGUCCACGCCGCGAUCGCACACGUCGUCGCGCGUGUCGUCGUUCCGCGACCUGGCCGAGGAGGAGGCGGACCGCAAGCGCGACUGCGCGUCGCCGCCCACGGGCCGCUUCUCGGUGGUCAAGGUGCAGUACCUGCACUCGCGCUCGCCCAAGUGGAUCGAGCGCGAGCGCAACGCCCGGGCGGCGGCCCAGCUGGUGGGCGGCGGCCUGGGCAAUGACGCCGACAAGGCCAUGGCGGCCACGGGCGCGGCCAACACUUCGAUCAUGGCGUCGCUGUCGUCGUUCCUGUCGCCGCGGGUCGUGCGAGGGACCUCCAAGGAGAAGUCGGAUUCGGGCGCGACUCGACUGGGCCAGGGCAGCAGGAGCAACCGCGACCUCAGCUCACCGCCCAGCAAGGACGGCAGCCUCUCGUCCACAGCCAGGUCCAAGCGGCUCUGUGGUGCGCACUACGCGGAGGACAUCACGGUGACGAUGCGGCUGUUGGGCGAGGACCUGAUACUGGUCUACGACCAGAUCUUCAAGUUCGACGACCGCGGCGUGCUCUACAGCUGGAACGCCGGCGGGAACCGAGGGGUGCGGGAGACCAACUUCUUCGACGUCUACACGGCCCUGGUCGAGAAGGAGGGCGAGACCUGCGAGGAGGUGGGCUACCUCGCCGACCUCUAG